AUGGCAGAUGCAGCAAAGAUACAAGAACUUCUCGCCAAGCCUCGCAAUGAGCUCACCGAGUUCGAGGUUGCGCAAAUCGAAGAGCAUGAAUUCACAUCCGGUCCCCUCUCUCUUCUCCAAGCUGCUGUCCGUUCGCAUGGACAGGUACUGAUUUCCUGCCGUAACAACCGAAAAUUACUUGCGCGCGUUAAGGCUUUCGAUCGUCAUUGCAACAUGGUGUUGGAGAAUGUUAAGGAGAUGUGGACUGAGACUCCACGAUUGAGCGGUGGUGGAAAGGGAAGACCAGUAAACAAGGAUAGAUUCAUCAGUAAGAUGUUCUUGAGAGGAGAUUCCGUCAUUCUAGUCCUCCUAAGCUGA